GAGCUGUUAUCACAUCCGUUCACGGAGAUGACAUACAAGAGGGCUGGGAACGGAAUGAGUUGGUGCAACUAGUCACGUUUUUUCAGCUACAAAACCACCAUGACCAACUCAACCUCUUCACUUCUUUUUGGCCAUCAUAAGAGCAAGGUGCAGUUUAUAAGAUUCUCGAACUUUUGUUCCAUUCGGUGAUUUUCCCAAUGUUUACGAUACACGUGGGCACUUUCUUGUGUCUGCUAGGCUGUGCAUCUGCUCUAGCAGUUAACAGAUCCACCAUUGAGCCGGACCAUAACUGGAAGUUCCAGUUUCCCGUGAAAGCCUCCACUUCGUACGUUGAGUCAACCACAGAGAUACCCAUGGAUUUGAACCAGUUCACUAUUUCCUUCUGGGUAGAUGAUGUAACUGAUAAUUACAUUGCAUAUUUUUCUACGCCCGGCAGAGAACUACAGCUUUACUAUGAUAGAAUAUAUACUUAUGUCAGUAGCUAUAGCUCCGUCUGGGUCAAACGACUGCAUUUAUUUGUCAAUGGGGUUGAAAAAUAUUGCGACAACUGUCUUCGUCCCGGUAGUAGGAAGCAUAUCGUGGUGACUUGGUCUGGCACAGCUGAUGCUAACGGGGUAGGGUCUAUUUGGGUCAACGGAGCGAAGUGUUCUCUUUCAGUGGUCUGUCUGCAGGGUCCGUCAUUGAGAAGGGUCUUCGGUUGAAGCUAGGACAGAGACAUGACAGCAGUUCUACUUACUCCUUCCGAGGAGAGAUCAUGUACUUUAAUGUGUAUCCUACUUACGUCACCACGUCUGAUCAUGUAGCAAAGCUUUCCAAGAAGGCAACAAGUGAUUCUGAAGCGGUUCUAUCUUGGGGUUCCUUCAUCGGAGGGGCAAACGGUGACGUGGUCAUAUACCCAGAGUUGGAGAUAUUCACACAGUCUUACAUAGCCGUCACGUGUCGUUCGAGCAACAUGACAUUGACCCUCGACCGCUCUGCAUUCCCCCAUCUCAUCCCAUCCAGGGCCUCACUUAAAGACCCGAGUUGUAAGGUCGUUGCAGAUGACAAUUUUAUAAAUGUAACCACAAAUUGGGCUAGCUGUGGCACUGUCGUUACUUACAAUGAAUCUAUGGCAUACUACACCAACUACAUUGUCCCUGACAUUCUAAACCCACCUGAUCAUACGUCUGACUCUGAGGAAACUGUCCACGCUGUCAUUAACCGUGGAUCAAUAGCACUAGACGAAUCACGCCUCUUCGUGACAUGCAAAUACGAUUUCGUGCCUCAUAACUCCAUAGCAGCAUAUGCAGUGUCUUCUUCAACAUAUUCGGUGAAGGGAAAGGGGGCCCGUGAUUUUUCGUUCGGACUCAAGCUAUACCAUGACUCUUCUUACGAAACGGCAUACCGGGAGGCAGAGUAUCCACUACAUGCAGAUUCCAAGGAGAGAGUCUUUGCUCAAGCCCAACUUUCUAGCAGUGGAGAAGACAGGAUAAGUAUCCGGGUAGAGAAGUGUGUGAUGACGCCGGACUCGGACCCGGACUACAGUACCCACCACAACUUGCUGGCUGAUGGCUGCGCGGCUGAUGACACAGUUCAGUACCACGACUCUCCCAACAGUUUGGCCCAGAGAUUCAGUUUCGAGGUGUUCCGUUUCAACGAGCGACCUACUGCCGUGGUGUUUAUGCACUGUUACAUCGAUGUGUGCCCGAGUGACGACGAAGACUCCAAGUGCAAGUCAGGAUGGACAUCGUGUGCAACUGAGAGCGAGAGUGAGAGCGAGGGGGACGCUAAAUAACCUAGCCGUCAAGUUAUGAGAGUGGACCGAGAUGACAUUAACAUGAAAUGAACAUGAGGUAGGUAUUGACAUCCCGCAUUGCUUCUACACAAGUACAAACACUUCUAUUUGAAACUCGUCAACCUUGGGAUACCCUACCUUGUCUUGAUCAUGGACUAUAAGUAUAAUAAUGGACAGAUGGACUGCGUUUAAGUAGAGACCACUGAUAUGGUGAUUUUACCUUUUACUUUAACUGAUAUUUUUAUUAUGCUAUUUUACAAUUUUAUUAUCGCAAUGAUACUGAUAGUGAAUUUUUAUUUUAAUUAAUUUUUAUUUUAACUCUUAUUACAUGAGUUGGUAUAAGUAUAACUUUAAUUUUUAAUUUAAAUUCAAUCCUCGAUCGAUGAUUAUAUUUUAUUAAUUAUAAGUAUAGCAUAACUAUUAUGUAAACUUUUCAACAUAAGAGGUUAUGUAUCAGAAAGCAGAAAUGAUGACUUACUUUUUAUUUUAAUUUUAUCGGGCGUAUCAAUAUAGCAAUAAUAAUGCUUAACUUUUUAAUCAUUUUUGCCUACUUUCGCACGAAAAUAAGUUUAAUUGAAAGUAUAUAACAACUUGGUGUUGUCAGAUUUAAUUAUACUAUUACCAAUUACCAUUACUUUAUAAUCAUACUUUACUCAAGAUAA